UUCCUGUCUACAGUGUCUGUGUAAUGUAGAUAAAUGUGAGGAUUUUCUCUAAAUCCCUCUUCUGUUUGCUAAAUCUCACUGUCACUGCUAAAAUCAGAGCAGAUAGAGCCUGCGCAAUGGAAUAAAGUCCUCAAUAUUGAAAUGUGACAUUGCUCUCAACAUCUCACAUCUCUCUGGAUUUCUUUUUUCUCAUCAUUACUGCUAACAAAUUCAUUUCCAGACUUUGCACUUUUAAGAAGCAAUGGAAAAAAUCAACAGUCUUUCAACACAAUUAGUUAAGUGCUGCUUGUGUGAUUUCUUGAAGGUGAAGAUGCACACUGUGUCCUACAUCYAUUUCUUCUACCUUGGCCUGUGUUUGCUCACCUUAACCAGUUCUGCUGCUGCUGGGCCAGAAACGCUCUGCGGGGCUGAGCUGGUGGACGCUCUCCAGUUCGUCUGUGGGGACAGAGGCUUCUACUUCAGGUUUUAUCCUGGAUGCAGACCCGAAACUUUUCUGAAUUUCACAAAUGGGGAAAAGGAGCGAACAGCCGCUCUCACCAAACUGCUGAACUUCUCACUUCUGCAGAGGCUGCACAGCCUCCUUGGGUUAUUUUGGCACCUCCUCUUCUGGCAAGCAACGAGGAGUUUAGAGGAAUUUAGAAGAAAAAAACAAGGGAAAAAAUUAAUMCAGCUUUCCCAAACCACAAAAAAUUCGAUUUAAUUCGGGAUACAUUUUGCCCACAGUUUCAGUGAGAGCAAUGGUCAWAUUUAAUCCAAAAAAUUACUCUUGAUGGAAAGAACUCAAAAAGGUUUUGCUACAGAAGACCUAAGAGAAAGAAAUAUUGUGCUGUUGGCAUCUAUAUCCACACUAAAACAGUAUAAAUACAGUGCAGGAGGUUGUAAGUAUCAUUUUAUCAUUUUUUUCAAUAMAAUUUGAGUGGAUAAUUAAGUUAAUUUGGAUGUGCUGUUAARCAAAAAACUUUUCAACUGCACAUCUAAAAUCCUGAUAAUAACUUAACCUCACCAGGACAUUCACCCACUCCUUCAGUUUUAUCAAAUCAGAUAGGAGAAGCAAAGAUGRAAAAUUACAAGGAAUUUGGUGUUUAGGUGGUUUUCCUGUGUGGAAGCAUUGUGUUCUAUCCUGUUUGAUAUUUAUGURUAUCAAUACCAGGUUUAAUUGUAGGAUUUACGAUUAACUACUUUAGAAAAGUUAUUUGAAAAUAUUUAUGAUCUCAUUAAGUCAGACUGGGUACCAACAGGGUAUGCCUGAACUUAAUUUUCUUUAUACAUCUUGUCUCUGAAUUUAAAUGCUGGAUUCUUAAUUUCAGACACAGCUAAGUAACUUGUGACUACAGAACAAAAUAUCUAAAGCCUCACAUCAGAGAUACUCGUGCUGGUGCUGAUGUCCAGACAGAACUCAGAAUCCAUGCUUUCAGACGAUCUCAAGAUUUCCUCAAAGUCCUCCAGGUUUUGAGAUCUAUUAGCACUUAAAGGGAUAAAAAAUGAACAAUAGGUGUUGGACACCUGAGAAUUAAAAUUUGAUGUUAUUUCUAACAGCCAACAGGGGAAUAAAAGAGAUUCUGUAGAAAUUUUAUAGGAAUUAUUURUUUCUCCUGUCUCAUUUGAUCUGAUACUAUGUAAGCCCU